AGUCAACAACCAUGAGGGUAGCAUUUGUUCUGCUGAUCGCGGCGGUAUGCGCCUCCGCUGUACCAGACUCCACAUUCAAAGUUGCCGACAAAGUUUUUCUUGAAAAACAGAAGGAUGUUUUGCGCCUCUUUGAAUACGUGAACCAACCAGCUUACUACAAGGACUUCGUUCAAAUCGAGAAGGAAUUCAAAUUCGAAGGACACUGGGACCAAUGGACCAAGCCUGAAUUCGCCAAAGAGUUCUUCCAUUACUUCAAAUACGACAUCUUGCCACAAGGAGAGGUCUUCUCCGUGUUCUACCCAGAGCACUUGAAGCAAGCCGUUGCUUUGUUCAAGACUUUCUACUACGCCAAGGACUUUGAAACUUUCUUCAAAUGCGCCGUUUGGGCUCGUCAAAAUGUCAACGAAGGCAUGUUCGUUUAUGCCCUUUCCGUUGCCGUCGUCCACUCCAGGCACACCGAGAACGUGAUCCUGCCACCAAUUCACGAGAUCUUCCCACAAUACUUCUUCAACGAUGAAGUCAUCCACAAGGCUCAACAGUACAAGCAACACUACUGGGGAACUUACGAUCACGAGAACGAAAUCAAGGAUGAGAGCUACAAGGGCUACACCAUCCAAGCUAACUACUCCGGCUGGUACAUGAACGUCCAUCCCGAACAAUACAUGAGUUACUUCACUGAAGAUGUUGGUCUCAACUCCUACUAUUACUACCAGAACGUUUAUAUGCCUUUCUGGAUGGAAAAGGAAUAUAUGGACGUUGACAGCAGCUACCGCGGCGAAUUCUUCUUCUACUACCACCAACAGCUUUUGGCCCGUUACUACUUGGAACGUCUUUCCAACGGCAAGGGUGAAAUCCCACACUUCGAAUACGAAUAUCCAGUUGAGACCGGAUUCUACCCAUCUUUGACCUACGCCAACGGCUUGAAAUUCCCAUCCAGGCCAAACCACGCCAACCUUUAUUACCACGGAGUCGAUGGAGAGCAACACUACAACUUCUUCGGAAACUAUUCUUACUCUUACACCUACGUCAAGGACUACGAGAGGCGUCUUCGUGAUGCUCUUGACCUGGGAUACGUCUACACCCCAGAAGGCAAACAAGUUUUCUUGUACACCAAAGAAGGUUUGGAAAUUCUUGGUAACUUGGUCCAGAGCAACCCGCAAUCACCAAACGAGCGUUUCUACGGUGACCUCCAAGUCUUCGCCCGUCGUCUCUUGGGAUACGCUUACUACCCAUUGGACCAAUACAAGGUAGCCCCAUCCGCUUUGGAGCAAUUCGAAACCUCCCUCCGUGACCCGAUGUUCUACCAAUUGUACAAGAAAAUGAUGUACUACUUCUACCAAUACCAAAACUACAUGGGACCAUACGAGAGGGAAGAGCUCUUGUUCAAGGGAGUCAAGAUUGAAGACGUAGAAAUCGAUCGUCUGGUUACCUACUUCGACUAUCACUACUCUGAUAUCGCCAACAUCCUUUCCGUCGACGAGAAGGAAUUCGAAGAGGACACCUUCCAAGUCCGCGCUCGCCAAUACCGUCUGAACCACAAAUCCUUCAACUACAAGAUCAACGUUGUCAGCGAGAAAGCCGUCGACGCCUUCGUCAAGGUCUUCAUCGGUCCCAAAUACGAUGAAUUCGGCCGUGAAAUCAGCAUGGAAGAGAACUACAUGAACUUCUUCGAAUUGGACAGAUUCAAGUACACCUUGAAAUCUGGCAAGAACGUCAUCGAACGCAACUCUCUCGAGAGCAUCUACUUCAGCAAGGACCGCACCACCUUCUUCGACUUGUAUAAACAAGUCUUGACCGCUUACAACGGUGGAGAGCAAUUCAAAUACUACCCAGAGAACAAGUACUACUCCUUCCCACAAAGGCUUAUGUUGCCAAAGGGUGAAUUCGGCGGCAAGACCUACCAAUUCUACUUCAUCGUCAGCGAAUACCACGCCCCAGGAGAAAGCGAAUUCGGCCAAUACCUCGUCGACACCGAAUACUCCAUGGGAUACCCAUUGGACAGGCCCAUCGAGUUCGAACACGACUUCUUCGUGCCAAACUGUUACACCAAGGACGUCGUCAUCUACCACAAGAACGCCGACAAGAAAUUCGAUACCAUCUGGAGCAGAGUUUAAAUCAAUCUCAAACCAAACAAUCUAAAACGAACAACGCCAUUCUCUAACAACUGAA